CCUCUGUCAAGUUUAUUUGUCGAAGGCUCUGUUAAAUCUGAUGGAGACGGUUUUGAAAGAAGUUUGGUUGGGCAAUUUGCAAGUAAAGAGGAUCUUAAUGUGGGGCCUGGUGGUGGUUCUGGGGGAACAAUAUUGUUAUUCUUGCAUGCUCUUGAUCUUGGCGAGUCUGCCAUUUUGUCAAGUGUUGGUGGUUCUGGCAGUCCAAUGGGGGGAGGAGGAGGUGGUGGUGGUGGAAGAAUCCAUUUUCACUGGUGUGACAUUCCUACAGGGGAUGUAUAUCAGCCCAUUGCAAGCGUUAAAGGGAGCAUCUACAUCAGUGGCGGGCCAGGUGGAAAGCAAGGAGGAAGUGGUCAAAACGGAACAGUAUCUGGGAAAGCAUGUCCAAAAGGUCUUUAUGGGAUAUUCUGUGAACCAUGUCCCCUCGGAACUUUUAAGAAUGUUAUCGGAUCUGAUGGAGACCUUUGUACUUCAUGCCCAAAGGAUGCCCUUCCAAACCGCGGUGUUUAUGUUGCUAUCCGAGGUGGCGUUACUGAACUGCCCUGUCCUUACAAAUGCAUUUCGGAGAGAUAUCAUAUGCCUCAUUGUUAUACAGCUCUCGAAGAAUUAGUUUACACAUUUGGAGGACCAUGGCUAUUUGGUUUACUUCUCUUGUUUGUCCUGAUUCUGUUAGCUCUGGUUUUAAGUGUAGCUCGAAUGAAGUUUGUAGGGGUUGAUGAGUCACCAGGGCCUGCCCCGACACAACAUGGUUCUCAAAUAGAUCACUCAUUUCCAUUUCUUGAGUCACUUAAUGAGGUUUUAGAAACUAACCGUGUUGAGGAAUCCCAGAGCCAUGUGCAUAGGUUAUAUUUCAUUGGUUCGAAUACAUUCAGUGAACCUUGGCAUUUGCCUCAUACACCUCCGGAGCAAAUAAAAGAGAUCGUAUAUGAGGGUGCCUUCAAUAAUUUCGUGGAAGAAAUCAAUGCUAUUGCUUCAUAUCAGUGGUGGGAGGGAGCAUUGCAUAACAUUAUCUGCAUUCUUGCAUAUCCUCUCGCAUGGUCCUGGCAGCAAUGGCGCCGUAGAAUAAAGUUGCAACGCCUCCGUGAAUUUGUUAGAUCAGAAUAUGACCAUGCUUGCUUACGUUCUUGUCGAUCACGUGCUCUAUAUGAAGGAUUGAAGGUAAAUGCCACUCCGGAUCUAAUGCUAGCGUACAUGGACUUUUUCCUUGGUGGAGAUGAAAAAAGAAGCGAUCUUCCUCCUCGACUUCGUCAAAGGUUUCCCAUGUCUCUAUUGUUUGGUGGUGAUGGGAGUUACAUGGUUCCGUUCUCUCUUAACAAUGACAAUAUAAUAACCAGCCUCAUGAGUCAGUGUGUCCAACCAACAACGUGGUAUCGCUUUGUAGCUGGUUUGAAUGCCCAAUUACGUUUGGUGCGUAGGGGUUGUUUGAGGAAAACAUUUCGCCCUGUUCUUAAAUGGCUUGAAACCUUUGCCAAUCCAGCUUUAAGGGAGAGUGGUAUUCAUGUCGAUCUUGUUUGGUCACAAGCUACUACCGGCAGUUAUAUCCACUAUGGAAUUUUGGUACAUUCUGUUGAGGAAGUUGAACAAACUCCUUGUGAUGGUCUUGGCGGGGAACAUAGGAGUGUAUUAUUGAGUGGUAGCAGUAUGUGUGAUGAGAAUCCAUCUCAUCAAUUGAAGGGAGGUGUAAUCUCAAAUGAAGUUUGUGGAGGCUCUUUAAAGAGAAAAACCAAUGGUGGUAUUCUGAAUAUGAGCAACGUGAAGACACUCAAGGAGAGAAGAGAUUUACUCUUUGUCCUCUCGUCUUUAAUUCAUAACACUAAGCCAGUUGGCCACCAGGAUCUAGUUGGGCUGGUCAUCUCAAUGCUGUUACUUGGUGAUUUUAGUUUAGUACUGCUUACAUUUCUUCAGCUGUAUUCCGUGUCCAUGGCGCACGUCUUUCUGGUUUUGUUUGUUUUACCACUUGCAAUUUUACUUCCAUUCCCUGCUGGGAUCAAUGCCUUAUUUAGUCAUGGACCGAGGCGUUCGGCUGCACUUGCUCGUAUAUAUGCUUUAUGGAACAUCACAUCACUCAUUAAUGUUCUUGUCGCAUUUAUUUGUGGAUAUGUGCAGUAUCGGACCCAAUCAAGCAAAAAACUGCCAUACUUUCAGCCAUUGAACAUGGGCGAAAGCGUAUGGUGGAUUUUCCCGUUUGCGAUGGCAGUGUGCAAGUGCAUCCAAUCAAGACUCAUAAACUGGCAUGUUGCCAAUCUAGAGAUUCAAGAUAGGUCAUUGUAUAGUAAUGACCCCCAACUCUUUUGGCAAUCCUGAUCUCAACCGACCAAACCUCUCGCCGCCACUCAGGUUUCUCUUCCAUUAACGCCCUCCGUUUUAUUGUGGGUAUAUUUCAUUCACUCUUUUUUUUUUGUUGGGUAAAAACCAUGAAGAGUGAAAGAGUGAUACACAGUAGGAAAAAAAAUCAGAAUAAAAAAAAAGUGUGAAAGAAAUGGAUAGUGAGUGAUCAGCCAGUUUAUCAUGUAAUCUUUAUUUUGAUUGUGCAGCCUAUAUCUAUAUCUAUUGUAGUUCUUACUGGUGUGUAAAUAUGGAUUAGGAUUCUUACACCAAAUUAGAGGCCAUAUAUGUAAUUUCACAAUCGCUUAGUAUUAUAUUUUGGAUGAAAUAGAUGUGUUUAAUUCUU